UUGACUUUGACAUUUCACUUCUGUUUGUAUACUACGUUUAUUCGACAUUGUUAGUAAGCUUGGAAUUGAUAAAAAAAAACACAAAUUGUGUGAACAUAAAUGGAAAUGGAUAUUGCUGGUGGUGAUGAAAAUCAGCCUACAAAUAAAAAGGAUGUCGCGAACCAAAUAGCGGUCAAUGAUAAAACUGUACAGCAAAUGACACACGGAUUUGUGGCACUAUUUGAAAAGGAACUCGAUCAGGUGCAAUAUAGCCUGAGAGAAGCACUUACGAAGCAAGAAAAGAUGGGCGUUGAAUUGGAGCGUCUCAAUUCGGAACACACAAUGGAAAGCCGUCAAGAUUGCCAGGAAUUGUUCUAUAUGAUGAAAGAGCUCACGGAUAAGUUACACUUGAUCAAAAAACGAAUGAUGAAUAUGCAUCAACGCGUUAAACAUCUCAAGAAACGUUCCGAAAGCUUAUUGAAGCAUCGUGACAGAGAAAUCAACAUACUUCGACAAAAGCAAAUGCAAGAGGAAGAUCUCAUCGCAAAACCAAAUCCAAACUAAUCAAUCGCCAACAAACAUACAAUUCCAAAUGAAUAUGCAAAGCAAGUCACAUUUUUCGUAACAUUCAUUUUUAAAAUAAAGACUGUGUUUAAUAGACAACAUUA